AAAUUCAAAGUAAUUUUUAUAUAAAGGCUUAAAAAAUGAGCGCAAUAUUUAAUUUUCAAAGCUUGUUAUCAGUGAUUUUGUUAUUGAUAUGCACCUGUGCUUACUUUAGAUCUUUUUUUCCUAGUAUUAUGGAUCGCAAUAAAACAGGAUUUCUUGGCACCUUUUGGAAAUGUGCAAGAAUUGGUGAAAGAAAAUCUCCUUAUGUGGCAGCGUGCUGUGUCUUAAUGGCCUUUACUAUAUUAUUCCUAACUUAAUUAAAUAUGUAGGUAAUGUUAUAAUUAAUAUAUUUUUU